GCUGUACUAUCCCCAUGGCUUUCAUGGGGAAUGUGAACCACACUGCAGUGACAGAGUUUAUUUUACUUGGCUUAACAGAUGACCCAGUUCUUCAAGUCAUCCUCUUCUUCAUCAUCCUGUGUAUCUACCUGGUGACUGUGUUGGGAAACCUCAGCACAAUCUUUCUAAUCAGAGUCUCCCCUCAGCUCCAUCACCCCAUGUACUUUUUUCUGAGCCAUCUGGCUUUUGCUGACAUAGGUUAUUCAUCUUCUGUCACACCCAAUAUGCUUGUCAACUUUCUGGUGGAGAGAAAUACAGUCUCUUAUGUUGGAUGCGCCAUCCAGCUUGGCUCAGCUGUUUUCUUUGGGACAGUUGAGUGCUUCCUUUUGGCUGCCAUGGCUUAUGAUCGCUUUGUGGCAAUCUGUAGUCCACUGCUUUAUUCAACCAAAAUGUCCACACAGGUGUGUGACCAGUUGUUCGUAGUAGCUUAUAUAGGCAGAUUUUGUAAUGCUUCUUCCUUUACCUUUUCCUUCUUUUCUCUGCUCUUCUGUGGACCAAACAGAGUCAAUCAUUUCUUCUGUGACUUUGCUCCAUUAGUAGAACUGUCCUGUUCUGAUGUCAGUGUCCCUGCAGUUGUUCCAUCAUUUACUGCUGGCUCCAUCAUUGUGGUGACAAUAUUUGUCAUAGCUGUCUCCUACAUCUACAUCCUCAUCACCAUCCUGAAGAUGAGCUCCACUGAGGGGCGGCACAAGGCCUUCUCCACCUGCACCUCCCACCUCACUGCAGUCACUCUGUUCUAUGGGACCAUCACAUUCAUUUAUGUAAUGCCCAAGUCCAGCUACUCCACUGACCAGAACAAGGUGGUGUCUGUUUUCUACAUGGUGGUGAUCCCUAUGUUGAACCCCCUCAUCUACAGUCUGAGGAAUAAUGAGAUUAAAGGAGCUCUAAAGAGACAGCUCGGAAGGAAAAUAUUUUCUUAGAGAUGUCUGUUGUUUUGUAGGACUUCCUAUAGUAAUAAUAUCUGAUAGGCAUAAU